GGCUCCGGAGAGGGCGAGGGGCAUCCCGCCUGGCUCCGGGCAUCCCGGCCGGCCCGGCUCUCCCUGUCGGUGUCCAUCUCAUGUCCGGAGCGGCGGCGACGCCCAGUGUCCGGCCGGCCGGGCCGGGGAGACCAUGAGCAGGGAUGGGGCAGGCGUGCGGCCACUCCAUCCUCUGUCGGAGUCAGCAAUAUCAGCCGGCCGCGUCUGACCUGCGGGGGCAGCAGGGCUUCCUGAAACCCGACGAGCCGCUGCCCGGCGCGGACAGCCUGCAGGAUGCGCUCCUGACCCUUGGCUCUGUCAUUGAUGUCGCUGGUCUGAGGGAUGUCAUCAAGGAUGCUGUGUCAGCUGUGCUCCCCAAAGUGGAGAAUGUCUACACCUAUUUGCUGGAUGGAGAUGCCAGGCUGGUGUGCCAUGAUCCCCCCCAUGAGUUGCCCCAGGAAGGGAGACUCAGAGAUGCUGUCCUUACCCAGAAACGGCUGGCCUGCAAUGGGCUGGCCCCCACUGAGCUGCAGGAGAAGCAGAUGGGGGUCUUGACUGCACCACUGCCUGCUGACAGACAAGUGCUGAUCCUUCCACUGGUGGACAAGGAUGAAGCAGCCGUGGUGGCCGUGAUCCUGGUGCGCAGUGGACAGCUGGGCGACGCAGAUGAACGGAGCCUGCAGGCGCUGGAGAAGCAUAUCCUGGUGGCCCUGCGGCGGGUCAGGGCCCUGCAGAAGCCCCAGCCGACCCCCCGGCCCAGCCCUCAGGCCAGCCCAGCCCUGAGCCCAUCCCGGACAUCGCUGGUUCUGCCGGACCCCCCUGGAGACAGUAGGUCCUACAGCGACUUGGACCAGAAGAUCCUGCAGCUGUGCGGUGAACUCUACGACCUGGAUGCCUCCUCCCUGCAGCUCAAAGUCAUCAACCAUCUGCAGCAGGAAACCCAGUCGCCAUGCUGUUGCCUCCUGUUGGUGUCAGAGGAUAACAAUCAACUCUCCUGCCAGGUUAUCGGGGACAAGGUGCUGGAAGAGGAGAUCAGCUUUCCUCUAACAUUUGGGCGCCUUGGGGAUGUAGUGGAGAAGAAGAAAUCCAUCACACUGAAGGACAUCAGCUCGGAGGAGCUGAGGCAGCUGCAAAGCAUGCUAGGAUGUGAGGUCCUCUCCAUGCUAUGUGUGCCGGUCAUCAGCCGAGCCACAUCCCAGGUGGUCGCCUUGGCCUGCGCCUUCAACAAAAAGGGAGGAGAAAUGUACACAGAUGAGGAUGAACACAAAAUCCUCCAUUGCUUCUGCUACACAUCCACAGUGCUCACGAGCACUCUGGCCUUCCAGAAGGAACAAAAGCUCAAGUGUGAAUGCCAGGCUCUUCUGCAAGUGGCCAAGAACCUCUUCACUCACCUGGAUGAUGUGUCAGUGCUGCUGCAGGAGAUCAUCACUGAGGCCAGAAACCUCAGCAAUGCAGAGAUAUGCUCUGUGUUCCUGUUGGACAGACUCAACCAUGAGCUGGUGGCUAAAGUGUUUGAUGGAGGUGUGGUGGAUGAUGAGAGCCAGGAGUUCCGCAUCCCGGCUGACCAGGGCAUCGCUGGCCAUGUGGCCACCACGGGCACCAUCCUCAACAUCAAGGAUGCCUACUCCCACCCACUGUUCUACCGUGGGGUAGACGACAGCACUGGCUUCCGCACCCGCAACAUCCUCUGCUUCCCCAUCAAGGAUGAGAACCAUGAAGUCAUCGGGGUGGCCGAGCUGGUGAACAAGAUCAACGGACCCUGGUUCAGCAAGUUCGACGAGGACCUAGCCACAGCCUUCUCCAUCUACUGCGGCAUCAGCAUCGCCCACUCCCUGCUUUACAAGAAAGUGAACGAGGCCCAGUACCGCAGCCACCUGGCGAACGAGAUGAUGAUGUACCACAUGAAGGUCUCCGAUGAUGAAUACACCAAGCUGCUCCGGGACGGAAUCCAGCCCGUGGCCGCCAUCGAUUCCAACUUCGCCUGCUUCACCUACACCCCCCGCUCUCUCCCCGAGGAUGACACCUCCAUGGCCAUCUUGAGCAUGCUGCAGGACAUGAACUUCAUCAACAAUUACAAGAUUGACCGGCAGACAUUGGCACGCUUCUGCCUAAUGGUGAAGAAGGGUUACCGCGACCCCCCCUAUCACAACUGGAUGCACGCCUUCUCUGUCUCCCACUUCUGCUACCUCCUCUACAAGAACCUGGAGCUGGCCAAGUAUCUCGAGGACAUCGAGAUCUUCGCCUUGUUCAUCUCCUGCAUGUGCCACGACCUGGACCACAGAGGCACCAACAACAGCUUCCAGGUGGCCUCGAAAUCCGUGCUGGCAGCACUGUACAGCUCAGAGGGCUCCGUCAUGGAGAGACAUCACUUUGCUCAGGCCAUAGCCAUCCUCAACACCCAGGGCUGCAACAUCUUUGACCACUUCUCCAGGAAGGACUACCAAAGGAUGCUGGACUUGAUGAGAGACAUCAUCCUGGCCACCGACCUGGCCCACCACCUGAGGAUCUUCAAGGACCUUCAGAGGAUGGCUGAAGUGGGCUACGAUCCGAAAAACAAGCAGCACCACGGCCUGCUGCUCUGCCUCCUCAUGACCUCCUGCGACCUUUCCGACCAGACCAAGGGAUGGAAGACCACUCGGAAGAUUGCGGAACUGAUCUACAAGGAGUUCUUCUCCCAGGGAGACUUGGAGAAGGCAAUGGGGAACCGGCCCAUGGAGAUGAUGGACCGGGAGAAAGCCUACAUCCCCGAACUGCAGAUCAGCUUCAUGGAGCACAUCGCCAUGCCCAUCUACAGAUUGCUCCAGGACCUGUUCCCCAAGUCUGCCGAGCUGUACGAGCGUGUGGCCACCAACCGUGAGCAGUGGACCAAGGUGUCGCACAAGUUCACGCUGCGCGGGCUGCCCAGCAACAACUCUCUGGACUUCCUGGAUGAGGAGUACGACCUCCAGGACGGGGGCGGCCGGCUCAACGGCUGCUGCAGCCUGGACACGGCGUGACCUUCCCCACAGGGGUUGCGCCCACAGGCACGUUCCCUCUGGGCUCUCCAGGGAAAGGACUCUGGCUCCAUGUCCCCCUUCCCCUUCUCCCCCUGCCCUCUCAGCUCCAGGGAACCACACAGGGAGGCGGGUGGGGGCCGGGGUCCUGGGGCUCCCUCCCCUCCUCCACCUAGACCAGCUCGUGGAUACCGUGGAAUCUCAUGGAAUCUAUUCCAGAUGUUUCCCAGUUGUGACCUCAUGUGCCCCCAUACCCCUCCCGCGUUUUCUGAGUGAUGGGAUGUCAUACCUAGAGAUAGGCCAGAGAUCCAGAUGGGGCGGGGAGAGGGAGACCACAAAAGGGUGAAAGAGGCAGAGUUGGGUUCCACAGGGGGUGCCAAAGAAUGGACUUAGAUAUCUCUGAGUGCCCAGAAAUAUGGCACCCCCACCCCCAGGAAGGACUUAGAAGUCUACGUGCAGGACUCCCAGUAUGCCCAGAAAUUUGGCACACACUGCCCCCCUACCCCCUCACGCAAGUGUCCCCCCCAUAACCAUCCCCCACAGAGCUGGGAAGGGAGCAGAAGGUGGAGGGGCAGGGAUUAGGGCACAUCAGUUGGGGGAAAGAGGAGGGUCAGGGUUUAUUGGCGCCCCCAGGACUCCCAGAGACCACCCCAGGGCCCAAGCUCCUGCACCCCUCCAGGUGGAGCCCAGACACCCCAAUCUCCAGAAAGGACAAAGUGCAGAGGGAGAUUUAGGCAGGCUUCCCCAGACCAUCCCCAGUCCCCUUUCCACCCCGGCCCCUAGGCCAUCCCAGCUUGGGCCAGCAAACUCUGCGCCUCCUUGUCCACCCUUCGGCCAAGACCGGGGGACGAGCAGGACAAUUCUUGUCAGGAAGAAACCAUGGGUCCUGCUGGCCCUGGUCCCCCAUCUCCCCAUUCCUCUGGACCCCCCGUUCUCUCAGGUCAUCGGACCCCGGGCCCCCAAAUUCCCUGGACUGCCCGGGGAACAGGAGCUGGGGGCCGCCGGCCCUUCCCUUCGUGUUUCCCUCCUCUGUGUCUCUGAGUCCACAUCGUGGGGGGCGGGAGGGCAGGGCGGGAGGCUGUGCCAGAGGCUGGGCUGAGGGCCUUGCCUUACCCUCUCGAGUGGCCUUUGCACGGAGGCAUUUUUGGUCCUGACUCCACGGAGCCCCUCGCCACUGUGUCCGUGGUCCUGUGGGCUGGUCGCUUUGUACAUGAGAAUAAAUCUAUUUCUUUCUAAUGGA